CUCCGCCUCACCAUCAACUUUAGUGGUCUUUCCUUGCUUCGUGCUCCGCGUCUUCCCUUCGUACAGGAGAACACUUCGCACAUGUGAUGUCCAUUGAAGUUGACUGGGGCACAGCGACCUCGGGUCCUGACGGCGAGGCUCUGGCUGAGCGCAUUCGCUCCUUCAUUCACGACAAGUUCCAGCAGGUAGCUCUUCCGCGGUUCAUCCGGUCCGUUCAGGUUCACUCGUUUGACUUCGGAACCAUCCCGCCCGAGCUCGAGAUCAAGGACUUUUGUGAGCCAUUCGCCGAUUUCUACGAGGAAGAUGAAGAUGACGAAGCUUCCGAUGUGUCUGAAGAGCUGGUUGCCGGACAUGGCACUCAAUGGGUUCGCACCGGCUCCGAGCUCAGCGAGCCGCCUUUCCAAGACGAGAAUGCGAUGCAUCAACCGCUGCGCAACCCAUUCGACGAGAGGUUCCAACCAUCCCCCUUGCGCUCUCCGAUAGCUCUGGGAGAUCAUCUCAAUCCGCACUUCCUCCCUCGCGCCGGCACUCCCGGGAUCCCUGGUGGAACGUCAACACUAGGCUAUCACCUGAUGUCUCUGGGGGGAUUGUCGGGAACACAGACCCCUUUAGCUGCAGUCGCAGGGGGGAAUCCGUUCGCCAACAGCUGGAACGAUGCGAGCAGUAGGGAACCAAGGAGCCGAGGGCCGUUGUCAACAUCAGCCCUCGACGGAACGCAUCCGCAAUAUCCGGAAGCCGAGCUGGACGGCAGCAACCCGACCUCGCGCCCAUCGACCUCGAGCACGCUUCCUCCGCAUCCACCUGGGCCAAAUACCGGUACUGGAGAGGCAACAGCACGUACAGAGGAGAACGCACACCUCGACGUGGACGACGACGCUGCCUCGACAGAACCUCUUCGGCUGCCUCGCAUGAGAGAACGCCGGCCCGAGGACUUCCAAGUUCUGUGCCAUGUCAAAUACAGAGGCGAUGUGCGCCUGUCACUGACGGCGGAGAUCCUCCUGGACUACCCGAUGCCCAGCUUCGUGGGCUUACCGCUGAAGCUGAACGUCACGGGCAUAACCUUCGACGGAGUGGCGGUCAUCGCGCACAUCCGCAAGCGCGUCCACUUCUGUUUCUUAUCGCCCGAAGACGCCGACGCGUUGCUCGGCUCCGACCAACAAGACGCUGCCGCAGGGACUCAGGAAGACAAACCACGGCCCGAACCAGUCAAACGCCACGGCGGACUGCUGGAGGAAAUCCGGGUGGAAAGUGAAAUUGGUCGCAAGGAAGACGGCAAGCAAGUCCUGAAGAACGUAGGCAAGGUCGAGCGGUUCGUGCUGGCCCAGGUGCGACGAAUCUUUGAGGAGGAGUUUGUCUACCCGAGUUUUUGGACUUUUCUAGUGUGAGGAGUUAGCUCUAAGCAGUAUGCGCCGGUUUGAGUUACCGUUCUUCUGUGCUAUACCUAGCUGGGUCUAGGAAUACUCGCGCUGAACGCAUAUUGGCCAUCUACUUACCUAAUUUAGCCUCGAUGAAUGAUGUUGUACAGUUCACAACCAAUAAUAGCUUCAAAACAGAGAAGCAACGUCUUUAAUCAUUACAGAAACAAAACUGAGCGAGCAGAUCGUAGCGCACGAAUUUCUGAGUCGG